AUGCUUGUUUUCCAGAAUAGUGUGUCUGCUUCUCGCAAAAUGGCGAAACUUUACCACUCCAUCUCAAAAGAACGCAAAUAUUGGGAUAAAAAACUCUGUUCUUCUCAGGAGGAGUGGAAUUACAGGAUACAGCGCUCUUCCACCGUCUACGUUGGAAAUCUUGCAUUUACAACGCCUGAAGAGAGGAUCCACGAGGUAUUUUCACGUGUUGGCCGGAUAAAUCGCAUCGUUUUGGGCCUCAACAGCAUAGAGAAAAAUCCCUGUGGAUUUGCCUUCGUCGUGUACGACACCGUCACCGCUGCAAGACGCUCCAUAGGCUUGUUUAAAGGAUGUAUCAUCGACGGACGGGUAGUCAGGGUUGAUGCUGAUACAGGCGAUAAUAUAGACACUGAUCGCAAGCUUGCGCGUGGUAUCAACGGAUAUCAAUGGCGUGAUGUUUUCCGCACAGAAUUCGACACCAGCCGUGGUGGUCAAGGUCUCGGCAUCGAGGCAUCGUCUCUGGGCCACCAAGAAUUCAGGAUGCCAGCACCUCCCACUAGUGUUCUAGGUCCACAUGUCACGGAAGUUAUAGAUGGGACUGGGGUUAAGAGUAGGAGACACUUGUGA